AUGGUUCGACUGACCUUGGAUCUAAUUGCCAAGAACAGCAAUCUUAAACCCCGAAAAGAAGAAAACACUCUACAAUACCUGAAGAAAAUAACUCAUAUAAAUUUUUCAGAUAAAAAUAUAGAUGCAAUUGAAGAUCUCUCUCUUUGUAAAAAUCUUAGUGUUUUAUAUUUGUAUGAUAACCGCAUUAGUCAAGUCACUAACCUGAAUUAUGCCACCAAUCUGACCCACUUAUACCUACAAAACAAUUGUAUUUCAUGUAUAGAGAACCUCAGGUCAUUAAAGAAACUGGAAAAACUAUAUCUGGGAGGCAAUUACAUUGCUGUCAUAGAAGGCUUAGAAGGAGUAGAAGGACUAAGAGAGCUUCAUGUUGAGAGUCAGAGGCUUCCCCUUGGAGAAAAGCUCGUGUUUGAUCCAAGAACCCUUCAUUCUCUGGCAAAAUCCCUCUCUAUAUUGAAUAUCAGCAAUAAUAAUAUUGAUGACAUAAGAGACUUAGAAAUACUGGAGAAUCUUAAUCAGCUCAUAGCAGCUGACAACCAACUUCUGCACGUGAAGGAUUUGGAGUUUUUAUUGAACAAGUUGAUGAAGCUGUGGAAAAUGGAUCUAAAUAGAAAUCCUGUUUGUCUCAAACCAAAAUACAGAGAUAGACUGAUACUGGUGUCCAAAUCACUGGAAUUCCUUGAUGGAAAAGAAAUUAAAAACAUGGAAAGACAAUUCCUAAUGAAUUGGAAAGCAUCCAAAGAUGCCAAGAAAACCAGCAAGAAAAAGAACAGUAAGAACGAAGAUACACAUAACUCAUGCAACAGUAACUUUGAAACAAUGCAUCAUAUAGUUCCCGUUUAUUACCCACAGGUGGGUAAUCCAAAAUUAGUCUUUUUCUCUGAUAUACAGAGAUUUCUUGCAAAUGGAAAUGCAUCUGCAGAAAGCUCCCAAGAAGAUAACUCUAAAAUUAUUGAAGACAUGGGGUAG